GUUUUUGGUUUUUCUGGAGCUCGUCUCGUUGAAGCGGCUCAGCAGCUGAGACAGGAGGCUGGCUGUGUGUGUGAGGAGGGAGGGGCCGCACACACACACACACACACACACACACACACACAUACACACACGCACACACACAGAGGGAAGAUGGAGGACGGAGGCAGCGGUGGGGCGGACCUGCAGCUUCUUUUCUGCUGAAUGAAGAAUCCUUUGCUCUAACCUCACCCAGGCGCCUGCUGAUGAUGAGAGUUGAGACUUCAGGCUGACACUGCCAAACCUCCAUAACUAGUCCACCAUGAACCCCCAGGAGACAGAGCUUGGCCAGGAGGUGACGGAGGAGACGGAAGCUCCCCCUCGCUAUCAUCCCGACAACCACAACAACCGGCCCCGUAACCACAGCAACCAGGACAAGCGCUACAGACGUGGCGAAGCAUCAGGAGGCGUUGGCAGCAGAGUCAAAGCCCAGCAUCAGCGCCGCCCACAGGAGGAUCUAGAGAUGGAGCUACAACAAGGACCUUCACCUCCUCAGCUUCCCAAGCCCAUCCCCAGACCCGCGGUGGCCCGGUACCGCAGACAGGGCGACAGCGAGGCCCGGAUCAGAGUGCAGCAGCAGAGGCACCGACAGAGGCAGCAGAGGGAGGCAGAGCGAGCUCAGCAGCAGGAGAAGCAGCUGUGCGCCCAGGAUGACGAGCGAGAACGGGACGACUCUGCGCUGGCCCGCUCAGCCAGCACGGAGAGCGGCUUCCACACCCACACGGACCGCGCCGAGGGUGACGACGGCCUGGUCAUGACGUCUCUGGAUCCUGAGGGCCAACCGGAGGCUGAGGACGAGACAGGCAACUAUGGAGUCCAGCUACGACCAGAGGCAGAGGGAUACACAGAGAGUGCCGAGGCUGAGCAGCAACACCUCCGUCCACAUCCUCAUCUUCCUCCCCAACCUCCUCCUCGUGACCCGCUCCCUGAGAUCCACAACCCUCACAGAGCAGAUGAAACUGAGGACAUGAUGAAUGCUGGAUACUCUAACUACGUCUACACGGAGCCCGUCAGCUCCCCCAGGGGGCAGGACGAUGUCUCGGCCAAUCAGAGAUCGGACAGUUUAGAUGCUGGGCUUGCAGACGAGGCGUACUCUGAGCCGUAUGACAUUUACUCGCUCUCUGAGCACGUGUACGAGGAAAUCUGUGACGCUCCCACUUCUGGCCCUCUAGCUGCAGGUGGAGUUGAGUCCCCCCAGCAGAGGAGGGCAGGCUUCCAGCUGUUUGAAGGCCGGGCAGGGGGCGGAGACUACCAUCAGCAGGAGGCGGUGGGCUCCCGUCUGCGUCACUACGAUGAGCGCUCGGAUGGAGAGUCUGAUAGUCCAGAGAAAGAGGCAGAAUUUGCCCCGUACCCUCGGGCUGACAGUUGCGAUCAGGACGAGGAUGUCGACCACGCAAUGAGUGAAGUCAAAGCGAGUCUGAGCUCCCACAGCCUUCAUCGUGCUGCAGGAGACACCAUAGAAGAAGAAACAGAGCCACCUCAGGGACUAGACAAAGCCCACCCUGAAUCUGACUCUGAUAUAAACCACAGAGCUGUCAGCCAAGAUAAGGCGGGCAGGAAACAGGCAGGCAGCCCUUCAGAGGAGGCGGGGUCAGUGAGGAACAGUCAGGAGAAGAGAGACGCCAUUUCUCUCGCCAUCAAGGACAUCAAAGAGGCCAUCGAGGAGGUGAAGACCAGGACAGUCAGGUCUCCUUACACACCUGAUGAACCAAAAGAGCCCAUCUGGGUCAUGAGACAGGACCUGAGCCCCACAGCAGAGUGUGACCUGCAGCCACCAGCAGGGGGCGACUCCCCUCGUUCAGGCUCUCCGUCUCCUCCAGGUGCAGAGUCGUCCAGUCUCCACCUGCUCCAGGACCACACCUUUGACUCCUCCCCCUCCAGCAAAGAGUCCAGGAGAAGUCUGGCAUCGUUCCCCACAUAUGUGGAAGUUCCCGGACCAUGUGACCCUGAGGACCUGAUCGAUGGGAUCAUCUUUGCUGCCAACUACCUCGGCUCCACCCAGCUGCUGUCAGACAAAACACCCUCCAAGAAUGUCCGGAUGAUGCAGGCGCAGGAAGCUGUCAGCAAAAUAAAGACGGCUCAGAAAGUGGCUCAGAACAAGAAGAAGACUUCUGAAGGUGAGCCCCAGCCAAUGACCGAAGUGGAUCUGUUCAUCUCCACACAGAGAAUCAAAGUGCUGAACGCAGACUCACAGGAGACCAUGAUGGAUCACCCUCUGAGGACCAUCUCCUACAUCGCUGACAUCGGUAACGUGGUGGUUCUGAUGGCCCGACGCAGGAUGCCUCGCUCAGACUCCCAGGAGAACCUGGAGGCCUCGGACCCGGGUCAGGAGAGCAAGCGGCAGUACAAGAUGAUCUGUCACGUGUUUGAGUCUGAAGAUGCCCAGCUGAUCGCUCAGUCCAUCGGGCAGGCCUUCAGCGUGGCGUACCAGGAGUUCCUCCGAGCUAACGGGAUAAACCCCGAGGACCUGAGCCAGAAGGAGUACAGCGACCUGCUGAACACGCAGGACAUGUACAACGACGACCUGAUCCACUUCUCCAAGUCCGAGAACUGCAAGGAUGUGCUCAUAGAGAAAGGUAAGGGUGAGAUUCUGGGCGUGGUCAUCGUGGAGAGUGGGUGGGGCUCCAUCCUACCCACUGUCAUCAUCGCUAACAUGAUGCAUGCUGGUCCGGCGGAGCGGUCGGGCAGACUGAACAUCGGAGACCAGAUCAUGUCCAUCAAUGGGACCAGUCUGGUGGGUCUUCCUCUGUCUACCUGCCAGAGCAUCAUCAAGGGUCUGAAGAACCAAGCUCGCAUCAAAAUGAACAUCGUCAGAUGUCCUCCAGUGACCACCGUACUCAUCAGACGACCUGAUCUCCGCUACCAGCUGGGCUUCAGCGUGCAGAACGGCAUUAUCUGUAGCCUGAUGCGAGGCGGCAUCGCUGAGCGGGGCGGGGUCAGGGUGGGCCAUCGCAUAAUCGAGAUCAACAGCCAGAGUGUGGUGGCCACGCCCCACGAAAAGAUCGUCCACAUCCUGUCCAAUGCCGUGGGAGAGAUCCACAUGAAGACGAUGCCUGCAGCCAUGUACCGCCUUCUGACGGCUCAGGAGCAGCCUGUUUACAUUUAACCAGACAAAGGCCUGACACCCCUCCCAACACACACACACACCUACACACACACACACACACACACACACACACACACACACACACACACACACACACACUCUUCAAACUUGCUGUCAUUACCUGCCCCCUCCCUCUCUCCACCGCUGGGGGACCACAGUGAGUUGUAGAGGGUGUUCUUCAGCCUCGUCUUCAUCAGACAAACGGAAAUGUUCUAACAGGAGCUUUUUCCUGUUCUGGAAUCUCAACAUGAAUAGGUCUCUGAAGUGACUUGAGAGUUCAGAUUAGAAAACUCACUCUGUUUCUGUCAUUGUUCAGGAAGGAAGGAGAGAAGUCAGAAACCUUAUUUUUAUGAGCUGGGCCCUGAGCCCUGAUUGUUGACUGAUAGGCGAGCUGCACACUGAGUCCUGACCUUCACAGCCUGACUGCUUCCUGCCACGCUGCUAUUUCACUGUCUGACCUCUGCCUGUUUGAUGUGCUCUUUAUUCUCUUAUGCGGGGGGAUUAUCUCAUGGGACCAGCCUGCAUUCACUUUUAGAUCACACUCUUACUCUGAAUACUUUAAAGUAACUACUGUACGACUGACCUGAUAUACUCAAAAAACUGUAUGCCUGUGUCCUCUGCACAAAAGGAAGUGUUUAAAUCUUUAUCACACUCAGACUCAAUUUCAUUGUCUGCUUAACAGUUUGGUUCUGACUGAAGUGUUUUUUUUCUUCUCACUAAAAAUAAACAAAAAUCUAAAAGUCAGCUGUAACAGAGGCUGGGGUGUUUCCUGUAGCACACCUUUACUGAUCCACAAACAUCAAAUGCUAUCUGAGAGAUACCACAUCAUCAAAAGCAUCAUUAAAUAACACACAUUAAUACAACAUAAAAACACAUUAAACUAAAACCAUGUCAUAACACAUAUUACACUAAUACCAUGUAAUAACACAUUAACGCCAUGUGACAACAUACAUUAAACUAAUACAAUGUAAUAACACAUUAAACAUACACCAUGAAAUAACACACAUUAACACAAUGUAAUAACACAUUAAACUAAAACCAUGUAAUACACAUUACACUAAUACCAUGCAAUAACACAUUAACAUCAUGUAACAACAUACAUUAAACUAACAAAAUGUAAUUAAACACAUUACACUAACACCAUGCAACAACACACAAAACACUAACGCCAUGUAACAACACAAAUUAACACAAUGUAAUACCACAUUAAACUAACACCAUGUAAUAACACACAAUAAAAUGUUAUAACACACAUUGCUCAAAUACCAUGUAACAACACACAUUACACUAACACCAUGUAAUAACACAUGUUAACACCAUGUAACAACACACGUUGAACUAACAAUCUAAUAACACAUUAAACUCACACCAUGUAAUAACACAUAUUAUUAUAACAUAAAAUAACACAAACUACGUUUAAAUGUUAUACCACAAAUCAACUUACACCUCGUAAUUACACAUUAAAAAGCCCCAUGUAAUAAUAUCAUUACACUAACACCUUGUAGUAACACACAUUACACUUACAUGUUACAACACACAUUACAUUAACACAAUGUAAGAACACACAUUACACUUACAUGUUAUAACACACAUUACACUAACACCAUGUAAGAACACACAUUACACUUACAUGUUAUAACAUACAUUACACUAACACCAUGUAAGAACACACAUUACACUUGCAUGUUAUAACAUACAUUACACUAAAACAAUGUAAGAACACACAUUACACUUACAUGUUAUAACACACAUUACACUAACACCAUGUAAGAACACACAUUACACUUACAUGUUAUAACACACAUUACACUAACACAAUGUAAGAACACACAUUACACUUACAUGUUAUAACACACAUUACACUAACACCAUGUAAGAACACACAUUACACUUACAUGUUAUAACACACAUUACACUAACACCAUGUAAGAACACACAUUACACUUACAUGUUAUAACAUACAUUACACUAACACCAUGUAAGAACACACAUUACACUUGCAUGUUAUAACAUACAUUACACUAACACCAUGUAAGAACACACUACACUUACACCUUGUAAUAACACACAUUACACGAACACCAUGUUAUAACACACAUUACACUAACACCAUGUAAUAAAACACAUUACACUUCUGAAUGAUCAAAGAGCUCGUAAUAAACCCUCUCCUAUAUGUAGCACAGUUUUAUAUCCAGUUCUUAAGAAGAAAUGAUUUCAGUUUUUAUACUUGGCAUGUCAUAAGUCAAUCCUUUAAAUGUUUUUAACACCCUAAUUAUUUCAUUUGUUGGUCACUGUCAGUGGAAAGAAAAUAAAUCUGUCCAAAUGCA